AUGACCAAUCUCUCUGUAUUUAUCCCUGUAAAUCCAUUACUUUAUGAACAAGUUGAUAGUCAAGUUAUGUACCCAUCAAAUGACAAAAUGGUAGUAAGAGAAAGUCCAAUCAAUGACAAUUCAAUUCCUUCAGGAAGAAGAUAUCGUCAAAGUGAAUUGACACAGCAAAUCUCCAAUAUUCGAAAUGAAAUAUUUCGGAUGUCUCAAAUGGUAGCAAAUAGUAGGUCCAAUUCACCAAAUUUGCAAUUGUAUAAUUCUAAAUUAAAGAACCUUGAGUCUAUUCUUCACCAAAAACAAAAACAUCUUUUACGCUUACAAAAAAAUGUUAUUGUUCAAAAAUCAAUAAGAAAUAAAAAACGUUCUAUUGUUACUCAAGACAAUUAA